AUGGCCACUGUCACUCUAGUAUUUGAGCGGCUCCCAGGCAUUUAUGGAUUUAUCCUCAGAACAUCUCUGUGAGGAAUAAGUCUGCAUUUCUUAAUGCUGGAUGUACUGGCCACUUGCUUCAGACUAAGGAGGACUGGCUCUGCUUUGGAAUAUGGUGCCUAACUUCUGUGUCCCAGUAUUCAUUGUGCCAGCAGUAGUUCUGUGCUGCUUGAUGUCUUCAACGGAGGCAGACAGCAAGCCAAGCUUUAUGAAAGCUCCCGAAGAUCAGAUUGGGAUUUCUGGAGGAGUGGCCUCGUUUGUGUGCCAGGCAACAGGAGAGCCCAAGCCUCGCAUCACAUGGAUGAAGAAGGGGAAGAAGGUCAGCUCCCAGCGGUUUGAGGUUAUUGAGUUUGAUGAUGGGUCAGGAUCAGUUCUCCGGAUUCAACCCCUGCGAGUUCAUCGAGAUGAAGCAAUCUAUGAGUGCACCGCAACCAACAGUGUUGGGGAGAUAAACACCAGUGCCAAAUUAACAGUGUUAGAAGAAGAUCACCUCCCAUCCGGCUUUCCAACCAUUGACAUGGGCCCGCAGCUGAAGGUGGUAGAAAAGGCCCGCACAGCCACUAUGCUCUGCGCUGCCAGUGGCAACCCCGAUCCUGAAAUCUCUUGGUUCAAGGACUUCCUUCCUGUGGAUACAGCAGCUAGCAAUGGGCGAAUCAAGCAGCUCCGUUCAGGGGCUCUGCAAGUAGAGAACAGUGAGGAGUCAGACCAAGGCAAAUAUGAAUGUGUUGCAACCAACAGUGCAGGAACCCGCUACUCUGCUCCGGCUAACCUUUACGUUCGAGUGCGGCGUGUCGCACCUCGAUUCUCGAUCCCUCCCAGCAACCACGAGGUGAUGCCUGGGGGGAGUGUGAACCUCACGUGUGUGGCAGUGGGCGCACCAAUGCCCUACGUGAAGUGGAUGGCUGGCGUGGAGGAACUGACCAAAGAAGAUGAGAUGCCUGUCGGCAGGAAUGUCCUGGAACUGAACAACAUUGUGCAGUCUGCCAGCUACACCUGCGUGGCCAUGUCCUCUCUAGGCAUGAUCGAAGCCACGGCCCAGAUCACUGUCAAAGCGCUGCCGAAGCCACCGACGGAGCCACUAGUGACUGAGACGACAGCCACCAGCGUGACCCUCACCUGGGACUCUGGCAACUCCGACCCCAUCUCUUACUACGUCAUCCAGUACAAGCCCAAGUCCUGGGAGGGCCCGUUUCAGGAGGUGGACGGCGUAGCGACAACCCGCUAUAGCAUUGGUGGCCUCAGCCCGUUCUCGGAGUACGAGUUCCGCAUCAUUGCCGUCAAUAAUAUCGGGCGGGGGCCUCCGAGCGACCUGGUGGAGGCCCGGACCGGAGAGCAGGCUCCUUCCAGCCCGCCCCUGAAGGUCCAGGCGCGGAUGCUGAGCGCCAGCACCAUGCUUGUGCAGUGGGAGCAGCCGGAGGAGCCCAACGGACAGAUCCGAGGGUACCGGGUUUACUACACUACGGACCCCCAUCUGCCUCUGAGCAUGUGGCAGAAACACAACACAGACGACAGUCACCUCACCACUGUGGGCAGCCUGAUCACAGGGACCACCUACAGCAUCCGUGUCUUGGCCUUCACCUCCGUGGGAGAUGGGCCUCCCUCGGACAUCAUCCAGGUCAAAACUCAGCAGGGGGUUCCAGCCCAGCCAGCUGAUUUCCAGGCAGAGGCAGAGUCUGAUACCCGGAUCCUGCUGACGUGGCUCCCAGCCUCACAGGAACGCAUUACAAAAUACGAGCUGCUGUACUGGGAAGGAGAGGAUGGGAGUCAGCGCAAGGUGAACUUUGACCCAAGCUCAUCGUACGCGGUGGAAGGUCUCAAGCCUGACACGCUGUACAAGUUCCAGCUGGGAGCCCGUUCGGAGCUGGGGCUGGGGGUGUACACCCCAGUUCUAGAAGCCAGAACUGCCCAAUCCACAGUGUUUGCUAAGAACUUUCGGGUCAGCGCCGUGAUGAAAACGUCCGUGUUGCUGAGCUGGGAAGUGCCUGACUCCUACAAGUCUGCGGUGCCUUUCAAGAUCCUGUACAACAGCCAGAGUGUGGAGGUGGACGGCCAUUCGAUGAAGAAGCUCAUAAGCGACCUUCAGCCGGAUACAGAGUAUUCCUUUGUGCUAAUGAACCGCGGCAGCAGCGCUGGUGGGCUCCAGCACCGGGUAUCUAUCCACACGGCUCCUGAUGUCUUGCAGAGCAAACCCAUCUCCACAAACAAAUACAUGCAGGAAGGAAAGUUCACCCUCACCCUUCCCAAAGUCCAGAUCUCAGCGCCAGUUAGGUGGUACUAUAUUGUGGUUGUGCCAGUAGAUCAAACCACCAGCAGCCGCACGGCCAGGUGGCGGACGCCUGAUGAGAUGGAGCUGGACCAGUUACUGGAGGCCAUCAGCCAGGGCAGCCUGGGCAGGCGCCAGCGGCGUCAGGCAGACAGGCUGAAGCCCUAUAUCGCUGCUCAAGUGGACAUGUUGCCAGAGACCUUCACCUUGGGAGACGAGAAGACCUACAAGGGCUUCUACAACAAGCCGCUCUCUGAGGAUCUGAGCUAUCGCUGCUUUGUGCUGGCGUCGCUGGAGGACGGCGAGACGAAGAGGUACGCAGCCAGCCCCUACUCGGAUGAGAUUGUGAUGUCUUCGGCGAAGCAGCAGGACGAGCCCGAGAUGCUGUGGGUGAUGGGACCGGUGCUGGCCGUUAUAUUAAUCAUCAUCAUCGUCAUUGCUAUCCUGCUCUUCAAAAGGAAAAGAGCCAACUCCCCCUCGUCCAAGGACGAGCACUCCAUCGGCCUCAAGGACUCCCUGCUGGCUCAUUCCUCCGACCCUGUCGAGAUGAGGCGCCUCAACUACCAGACCCCAGGUAUGCGAGACCACCCGCCGAUCCCGGUGACGGAUCUCGCUGACAACAUCGACAGGCUGAAGGCCAACGAUGGGCUGAGUUUCUCCCAGGAGUACGAGUCCAUCGAUCCAGGGCAGCAGUUCACCUGGGAGAACUCCAACCUGGAAGUGAAUAAACCAAAAAACCGCUAUGCAAACGUGAUCGCCUACGACCACUCGCGUGUCAUCCUGACCUCUGUCGAUGGGGUGCCCGGCAGUGACUACAUCAACGCGAACUACAUCGAUGGGUACCGGAAGCAGAAUGCGUACAUCGCUACCCAGGGGCCCCUGCCAGAGACGCUCAGCGACUUCUGGAGGAUGGUGUGGGAGCAGAGGACAGCGACCAUAGUCAUGAUGACCCGGCUGGAGGAGAAAUCCAGGGUGAAGUGUGACCAGUACUGGCCAGGCCGGGGCACAGAGACCUACGGGCUGAUUCAGGUGACCCUGCUGGACACCGUCGAGCUGGCUACCUACACGGUCCGGACGUUUGCACUCUACAAGAACGGCUCCAGCGAGAAGCGAGAGUUACGCCAGUUCCAGUUCAUGGCGUGGCCGGACCAUGGGGUGCCGGAGUACCCCACCCCCAUCCUCGCUUUCCUGCGCCGGGUGAAAGCCUGUAACCCCCUUGACGCUGGGCCCAUGGUUGUCCAUUGCAGCGCUGGCGUGGGCAGGACGGGCUGCUUCAUUGUCAUCGACGCCAUGCUGGAGAGGAUGAAGCAUGAGAAGACGGUCGACAUCUAUGGCCACGUGACGUGCAUGAGAUCUCAGCGUAACUACAUGGUGCAGACCGAGGACCAAUACAUCUUCAUCCACGAGUCCUUGCUGGAGGCAGCCACCUGUGGCAACACCGAAGUGCCCGCCCGCAACCUCUUUGCUCACCUCCAGAAGCUGAGCCAGGUGCCCCCGGGCGAGAGCGUCACUGCCAUGGAGCUGGAAUUCAAGCUCCUGGCCAACUCCAAAGCACAUACCUCGCGGUUCAUCAGUGCCAACCUUCCAUGCAACAAAUUUAAGAAUCGCCUGGUGAACAUCAUGCCGUACGAGCUGACCAGAGUCUGCCUGCAGCCCAUCCGUGGGGUCGAGGGCUCCGAUUACAUCAACGCCAGCUUCAUAGAUGGCUACAGGCAGCAGAAAGCCUACAUUGCCACGCAGGGGCCCCUGGCAGAGACCACGGAGGAUUUCUGGCGCAUGCUCUGGGAGCACAACUCCACCAUCGUGGUGAUGCUGACUAAGCUCCGCGAGAUGGGCCGGGAAAAGUGUCACCAGUACUGGCCGGCGGAGCGCUCGGCCCGCUACCAGUACUUUGUGGUGGACCCUAUGGCAGAGUACAACAUGCCCCAGUACAUCCUGCGUGAGUUCAAGGUCACCGACGCCAGGGAUGGGCAGUCGCGGACCAUCCGCCAGUUCCAGUUCACGGACUGGCCCGAGCAGGGAGUGCCGAAGACCGGCGAGGGCUUCAUCGACUUCAUCGGGCAGGUGCACAAAACCAAGGAGCAGUUUGGCCAGGAUGGACCCAUCACGGUGCACUGCAGCGCUGGGGUCGGGCGCACAGGGGUGUUCAUCACGCUCAGCAUCGUCCUGGAGCGCAUGCGCUACGAAGGGGUGGUUGACAUGUUCCAGACGGUGAAGACCUUGCGAACGCAGCGACCGGCCAUGGUGCAGACAGAGGACCAGUACCAGCUGUGCUACAGAGCAGCGCUGGAGUAUCUCGGCAGCUUCGACCACUAUGCAACGUAACUAGUGCUUCCCCCAGUCGCAGUGGGAAUGUCUAGGAGCGGAAAGGGUCCUCCUGAGCCACAGCUGCCAUUCUUCAGUCCUGUACAGACGCUGCUGCUGCCGAGGCAGCAGAUCUCCCACGACCGACCAAAUCUGACCACUGCAUUGAGGAGCAUCGCCCCGCGCCGAGCAAGGGAGUCCGACGCUAGUCGAAUUUCUGCUCACUUGUCUCCCUCUCGGCCCCCUCGCGCGACUGCAUUUCACAGCCAGGCUUUAGGUGGAUGGAACGGGAUCUUUUUUUAUCUGUAAAAUAGUUACUCGUGUUUUUAUAAUCCUUUCUCUUCGUUUGCUAGUCUUACCGUCUGGCUGGGGCAGAGCUGGGUCCAUCAGGCCUUCUGGGGGUUCCUUUCCUUUUGCCCUUCCCCUUUGUUCGGCUCCACCCCGCCUUGGUGCUGCCCAUUUUAGUGCAGCCACUUGGAGACCCCCAGCAGUGACUGGCUCACAGUUCCAGACCCUCUCAUUCCCCAUAGGCUGCUUGUAACCCUCUGUAGACUAGGAAAGUUCACCCAACUGGAGCUAAGCUACUGAUGAUUUGUUUAGCUGUUUUCCCCUUAUUUCCUGUGGGGGGGAAGGGACUUGGGGUCGCGGGAGAGACAAUUCCAUCGCAAGCUUGAAACUGGUCAGUCCCAUUAAAGUGCGUGUUAACCCAUUCGGUGCCCAUGUGUGUUGGCAGAUCCCAAUCUGACGUGACUUGUCGGCACCGUUGCGUUUGUGAGAGACCCAAAAUCCCAGACUCCUGGCCUGGGGGCCUCUCUGUGUGUCUCACUGGGGAGGGGGCAGGGAGGCAGCAGAAGCCAACCGCGCAACGGGUCCCUUUCUGCUCGUGCUGCGGUUGUGGGUGUGCAGGCAACUCACCAAUGAAUGCAUCACCACAUUUCCAAAGGGAAGGAGCACAAUUCUAGCAGCUCCCGCAAGGGGGCUGCGUGGGCUAUUUUUGGAAAAUGGGGUACUUCAGGGAAGGGGCAGCGGGGGAGGGGGGACAUGUUUUCGGAGGUUGGGUGUAUCUAUAAUUUCUGCUAUCCUGCAAAUGUUUAAAGUCAUUAGAAUAUUGUACUUUCUGCUACUUCAGGACGUUCUAAUGAACCAAUGUGGCAAGUCUACUGGACUUAAUUUAAUGGUACUAUAUCUUACUACUCCUUAUUCUAUCGCGCUUGCACUAAAGACGGGAGAGCCGCCCUCUCUCGAGUGCACAGAGUUCUCAAUAAAGGUGGUGGAAGGGUAGCUAAUUGUAUUAUCAAAUGUAUUCCGAAUGCUAAGAAUCUGAGCGACGGUGAAAUCAGCAAUCCAGGGUGGGGAUGUUGGAGGACACGUUCAUUUUUACCUUGUGGAUGCAUAGUGCCGUAGGGGUCACUGGUGUAUACAGUCUGUUUUCUAUUUGUUAAUAAAAAAAAAAAAUCUACAGCAUCAUUGCAUAAUUCUUGAUGUUAAUAAAUUUGAAUA